CUUUGCGCGUCAACUAGCAAGAAUGUUAAAACGAGUAAAAAAGUAGUAGUAAAAAGAAAGAAGGAGAAUGGUUAAAACAGGUUAAAAAUAGGGCAGGUGUAUUUAAGGUGAGAUGUGCUCAAUCUGGCUUACAGCCUGACUGAACACUGGCCCAGACGAGUUGACAACAUCUGAGGGCAAGGCAUUCCAAUGAUAUACUGUUCUAGGGAAGAAUGAAAAUUUAUGAUAGUUGGAUGAGGGUGAAACUUGAACGAAUGCCUGGGAAUGAGUGGUUCUGGUUCUGGAAGAUCUAGUGUUGUCUAGGUAGUCCGGUAGUGGGAUGGCGACCUGGUUAUGCAAGAUGUUAUAAAACAUAACCAGGCGCUGGUCAAUGCGACGGAGUGCAAGGCGUCGUCAAUUUAGGGAAGUCAGCAUGUUGUCUACACUGGAUGUACGGCCGUGAUUACGCUUGGCCCAGCGUGCAGCCCUGCGCUGCACAGACUCAAGCUGAUCAAUAAGAGUUUCAGAGUAGUUUCAGAGUAGGGGGACCACACAGUGGAACUGUACUCCAGCUGGGGCCGUACAAGUGUUUUGUAUGCUUGUGAUUUUAACCCUUCUGAGUGCACUUUGAUGUUACGUCUUAAGAAACCCAAUGUUUGAUUUGCUUUUUUGGUGAUGUUGUAAAUGUGGUCAUUCCAUGUAAGGUUGUGUGAUAUAGUUAUGACAAGGUAUUUUGCAGAUGGUACUGUUUGUAAAAGGUACUGUGUUGGUAUAGGAGUUUUACGCUCAGUGAUCUGUAAUACUUGGCAUUUAGACGGAUUGAAUUUCAUGUCCCAUUUUGUUUCCCAGAAUUCCAGUUGCUGUAAGUCUUUUUGUAGUAGGCUUGAAUGGGAAGAGACAGUCAGAGAAAGGUAGAUGGCCGUGUCAUCAGCAAAGAGUCGAACUUUAGAGUGUUUAACAAAGUCAGGUAGAUCGUUGAUAUAGAUAAGAAAUAAGAGAGGCCCGAGGACCGAACCCUGGGGAACACCUGAGGAGACUGGUAUGGUGCCUGAUAUGGACCCGUUAACUACCACUGACUGUGACCUGUUAUCAAGGAAAGCUUUAAUCCAUUUAAGAGUAUGACGCCUUGCACCAUAGAAAUUUUGUCUUCUAAGCGUUAAUCAAGAUCCACUUUUAGUUACUGAGACAUCGGAGACAAACCAUAUCCGUCAUAAAAUUUCUGAGUCUUAUUUAUGGUAAGUCGUGUGAGACUUAAUGUUUACGAAUUUUGUCCGAUAAUACCCCGAUCGACGUUAUAUUCAUCGCACAAAAUGAUGUAACAAUUUAUGGUUAGCCUUACUGUACUCUACUAAAUCGAUUAAAUCAUUCUCCUGGCAGACACGCAAAUGCAGUUGAUUUCAAACUGCAAUUAAAUGUUUCUGCUAAAAUAAUAUGGUUUUCAUCUUGUAAAAAAAGGGUAUUUACCGGGUUACGGCGUUUGGAACAUACUUUAUCCAAGUGCUCAAUGGGCAUGCGCGGCGUGCUUGGACAUGCGAAAAAUGUAAAUAAACAACGGUUAGCGAAGUUUACACGUUGAUUUCAUGCAUUUUUGCAAACAUCCAAGUGUCAGUUGGUGAUGAUUAAGGAACAAGAAGAGAAUGAAUCUGAUGGAUGACACAUUGGCUGACGAAUCUGGUAUUCCUUUUCUAUCAAGUGCAGAUGACAUACCUGUCCACAGUACACCUAUAAAGGGCAUAAAGAUACCUCUUCCUUCAACAAAGAAUGUGAUGAAACAGCUUAUGUCCAAACCUGGAAUAUACGAGGACUACACAGAUUCUGAGAGCUUACAGUCCAUUAGGCACUCUGACCUCCACCCUAGGGUCAAAGGUCAACAUAGUGUACAGAAAAGUCAAAGUCAAAAUGUAAGACUUGUGGAAGGAGGGAAUUUUGUAAGACAAAGUAAUGAUUACAAAAGCAGUGGGAAACAUACUGUUAAAAGAGUUCAGGACCUUUCUGAUAUUGAUAAUUUAAGGCAGAAAUCCAGAAAUUCUGUUGAUAGGGUGUUUCAGUCUGAAAGGUCAAGGUCACCAAAACUAGACCGAAGAAGUGCAGUGUCAGAUCAUGGAGACGUUUUCAAGAGACCAAAGGAUGUACCAAAAAGAUACAUGCUUGCUGCUGAAGAUGAAAAGAGUAAUUUUUUAGGAAGAACAGAAAACUGUGAUACAACUUUAGAACAAGAUAAUAGAUCAAGACAUGGCAGUGGGAGGGUCACUGCUGAGAACAUGAACUCUUACGCAUUUUCGAGCUAUGAAAAUAGGUCAAAAUAUUUAUCUGUUGAACAGAAGGGGCCGCAGAGCUCUGAAGUUACAAACAGCAGACCUGAAACAAAGAACCAAGAACAUCAGUAUACAUUAAAGGAAAGAACAGUUGAUGAUAGUACUGGUAUAGAUCAUUCUUCAGGACCAGGCAGCAUGAAAGAGGAGAACACAAAAUUUAGUAGAGAAACGAGAGAUUCCGGUAGGGAGAGGAGAAGGUUUUCCAUCGGUAGUCCACUACAGGGUGGUAGUUCUGGUGCUUCAUACAAUAGGACACUUUCAUCUUCUAAACAGGUUAGAUUUGUUGUUACUUAG